UGUAUCGUGUUAUAAAUCUGUGCAGCUGUUGACUCUUAUAGUCUUGUUGUCAAAUCUUGAAAAAAAGAGGGAAAACUUUAAGGAACUCUUUAUUACUUUGUUGUUGUAACAUCUGUUAUUAUACAUGAAUCUAAAGAAAAUAUUUCUAAGACAAAACAUUUUAAUUUCUGUAUGUUAAAAGUGAUUGACUUUUUAUAUUUAAAUAAAGUAAUGUGUGUAGACUUGUUUGUAAAAUUUCGUCAUGCCACCCAAGACUCGGGCAAAUAAAGCUUCAAAAUCUUCUAAAGAAAAUGCAUGUGUUUUUAAUACUAAUAAAUUGCAAAAAACUACUAAAGCUGUUAGACCUCCAAGAAGAGCUUUAGCUGAUAAAACCAACUCGGCAUCUGAUGACAACGUAUCAAUACUCGUAACUGAUACACAAUUAAAACAGGUUGUUUUGAUUGAUAAAACACAAGAAAAAAAUGGACUUAAUGUGGAAAGACCACGUCGAGUGAGACGCUUACCGAAACGUUAUAAUGAAAGUAAAGUUUUAAAAGAUAUAACAAGCAGUGACAUCUCUCAUCAAAAUGUAGAUUCGUUAAUUCUAGUAUCUCCGGAAGCUUCUCCUAUUAAGAAGAAAUCCACUCAAGGUAAAGGAAGCCCAAUCGUUUUAGUAACUCCAUUAAAAACUCCCGCUAGAGGUAGUAUUGUACUGAAUAAUAGUUUAAUGAAAAAGCGACCAAAACGAAUUUGCAAGCUUCCCAGUAAAUUUGAUGACCAUUCCAUAAGCCCAAGCAAGUUUAUUCCAGUGCAACCUAUUAAUGCAAGUACUCCAUUAGCAAACAAAACUAAAAAGAUUAUUAAAGGACAUGCUACAAAUGAUGUGAUAAAUAAUAAAAUAUCACCACUUAAAGAGAAUGAUAAAACAACUUCUUCACAACAGAAGACUAUUAAUCAUUUAUGUAAUAAGAAAACACCAGCAGACUCUAAAAAAAAUGCUCAGCAAAAGAGGACAAAUCCUAAAAGUCCUCAAAAUAAAUCACCCCUACAAACAAAACAAAUACAAACAACAAAGCAAAUAAACAAAAAUACCUCAAUAAAAGUUUUAGGUGAUAAUAAAAAACCACUAAAGAGAGAUUCAAGUAAACUUGAUGUUUACGAAUUUACCUAUGACCCUGAAGAAGAGCCUGCACCUACUAAGAAGAAAAAGAAAAAACAAAAGCCAACUGCAAAGCGACCAUCAAAACCCAGGAUUACUGUAAAAAGCAAUUAUGACAAGAAUUUAGCUAAAGCAUUGGCUACUUUGAAGAAUAUUGUUUCUUCCAAACCUGGUAUGCCACCUGUUCUGGAAAACAAUACAAAUGUAAAAGGGAAUUCCACACAUUUGAAUAAUCACAAUAAAGAAAUGGCCACUGCAGAGCCACAAACAAUUGAAAGCAAAGAUUUGAGUGUCACUGAGAGAAAUUAUAACUCUAUUAGAUUGGAAGACAUAGCUAAAGACAUACAAAUUGAAGAUGAUGCUAAUAUUGACUACUCACCUGUUAAUUCUCCCUGCCAUCCACAAACUCUAGUAGAGCCUAAUGACAAUCAUCAAAGCAUAAGUAAUGAUAAUAAUCUAAAUGUAGACAUUCCUAAUGUCAAUGACCCUCUUAAUUUACAAGAUGAUGCCAGUUUCUUUGAUGAACAACCCGCAGCUAGCAGUAGUAUGAAUGUAUCUGUGAAACAUCCAUUAGCAAGUCCCUGGAGAGUCGAAUUUGAAAAUUUACCAAUAAAAUGGCAGGUAAAUAGUUACGUUAAGCCUAAUAUGACGCCAGCAGUUGAGAGUUCCUUUAUAAACUUCAAUGACACAAAAAAGAAACAUGUAUACACAAAUAUGUUGCCAGAAGUUAAUGAGUCACUGCCUCAGGUUGUUGAAACCACACCUACUUUUAAACAAACAAGCAUCAUUUCAUUUAUAAAAGAAGUUGUAGACAAGAAAGAAAAGAAAAAGAAGACUAUGACUCCAGUGAAAGCUAAUUCAUUGUUUGAAGAUGUAACUAACACGUCCACAAACUCUACACAUAAGAAAACCGCAUCAAGUAAUCCAAAAGUAGUUAAUCUUACUCCCAUUGAAGACAUAUCCGUAUCUAAAAGCAGUAAUUCCAGUCUAACAUCAAAUGAAACUGAUAAUAGAGAUGUUCCAGUGAAUUCCGAGAAUUCUGCAAUACCAGAUGUACAAAAGAAAAACUCAGACAACAAUUUAACAUAUUUUGGCUUUGAUGAGAAUGAAGACCAAGAAAAUGUAUCUCCAAAAAAGAAAAACAAUAAAGUUAAAUCAUUAAGGUCACGGACGAGAGGUAUCUUGCAAGAGCUGAAUGGUCAAAAGGGUCCAAUGAGGGCAAAUAUACCAGUAGCAGUGAAACCAAAGUCAAUUCCAAGCUCUGGUGCUUUGAAUAAUAUGUUUGAUGCUGCAAAGUCAGCAACAGAACCACCGGUAUUUCCAGAAGUAGCGGUUGAUUGUAAUACAGAAGUAACUGAAGCCACUAACUUAGCAGAGCCCGUUGUGCCAGAAAUUGUAACAAAUGAAGAUUCAGAAUCUGUACAUUUAUUUGAAGAUAUAGAAUGUAUACAUCAUCACAAGCCAACUCGUAAAAGCUAUGGUAAACCUAAAAACGUUGCAUUCCAAAAAACAUCUGCAUUAGAUAAAAGCAGUGAUUCUUCAAAUGAUGUUGAGCAGAACAAAUUAGAUAUGUCCGAUGAAGAUUUGGAUGAUUUGUCAUUCCAGUUGCCAUCUGUGAAGCCUAAAAAGACAAUAAAAAAGAAGAAAACAAAUAAACAGAAAUUGACUAAAAAAGAGGAAAAGGAAGUUGAAGCCUGGGCAGCCGGCUUCAAUUCGAUGUGUGAAGACAUUGAAGAGUUUGAUUUAGUACUUGAAUAA